AUGGCUUGUUUCUGCUGGUGCAAAAAGCCUAGUUCUCCCUCUCCUACCAACCCUCUGGACCGUCAUGGAGACACCAGUCAGGAGGGCACAACAGUCAGACCUCUGUCCCUUCAGGAACACUCUAGUCCAAUGCCCCAGAGACCAGUCUCAGCCACCAGAAGCAUGACUCUUCCCAGGGCCAGCUCAGCCACCAGAAGCAUGACUCUUCCCAGGACCAGCUCAGCCACCAGAGGGUCAGAAGAGACCCAGGGGGCCAGAGGAGAACGGGGGGAACUGGUCAACAUGGAACUUCUUGGGUUGCCUAACAUUGGCAACACUUGCUUCCUUAACGCCACCCUGCAGUGCCUCCUGGUCCUGCCGUCCUUCUCAAAGGAAAUCCUGCACCAGGAACAACUCUGGAGCUCCUCCCCCUUCUCCAACCUGCUCAGGUGUCUGUCUGAUGUGCACCGUUCAGGUCUACCUGACAGUGUGGCAAACCAGGCCUCAAAAGCAGACCUCAUGUGGAAGGUCAAGUACUCCUUGUCGGGAUACGAUUUGAAGUACCUGGGGGACACGCAACAGGACGCACACGAGUUACUUGUCAAUAUGCUGUGCCAGCUGAAGGAGGAGGGCAUGAUUCUGAAGACACUCGGGAUGAACUUUACCUGCCCUGUUUCCCAGCUGGAGUUCCAGCUUGUGUCGGUGCGCACAUGUACCAGCUGUGGGCGCGAGUCGUCUACCAGAGAGGACUACAACCACCUCUCAUUGGACAUCAGCCCUGAGCGCACCUUGCUGAACAGCCUAGCACUCACUUUCAAAAGUGAACAGGUUGAAUUCACAUGUGAGGGCUGUAAAGGCCUCCACGCCUCAAAGGUGGAGCAGUUCCACACACUGCCUCUUGUGCUGGUUCUGCAUCUGAAGAGGUUUGGAGGACCUGGGGGGUUGGAGAAGCUGGAGGCUCCUCUUUUGUUUCCUUCGGAGCUGAGGCUCUCCACCCUCUGUGGGGACAUGGUGCCACACCUGCACAGUGCCAGCCCACAGGCCCUCACCAACCAGGCCCCCAGCAUCCAGGGGUCCAUCCCCCAGACCCUCGCCAGCCAAGUCUCCAGCCCACCUGGAGAGGCCAAAGACAGCGCCCUCUGCUGUUCAGAAGCAGAAGCCAGUACAGUCAGUGAAUGGUUACUACCAGCUGACUGGCGUAGUCUCUCAUUUGGGAGGCUCCGCAAACUCCGGGCAAUAGAGCGGGAGGCCCCAGCACACAGGGCCUAACAGGGCCACCAGCAUCAGCCCCAGCCUAAACAGGGGCAGCACCUGGACCAGCCUCAAAACCCCCAGCCCAGCCUCAACAAAGGCAGCAUCUGGACUAAGAAAAUCCCAUUUAAGAUAAUUCUGUUGACCGUUGUAACUCUUUAACUCAGGAAGAUUUAUGGUCUGGAAUUCAGGCCGGUCCUAACAGGAAACGUGACAAAGGGAAGCAGCUGUAAUGGAGCCUUCUAACACCCAAUCAGGUCUGGAGGAGGAAUGUCACAAAGAUUCAGAGAUGCUAUGAGUAUCUUUUGAAGUUACUCUCCAGUUGUAUCCAUCUGAAUAAAUACAGACAUGAAAAUGCUGGGCUACGGAUGUGACCUUGGUUCUGUGAGUAGAGUAACAGGUCACCAAACAAGCUAUGGGACAAGCUCAACCAAGCACAGCUAAAGUAUGUGUGUUUUACAGCAGAUUUCCUCUUUAAUACCAAUGAAUACACUUAAAGCAUUCAUCUAUUUGCAUGAUUGAAGGUAAAAUCAUAAAAAAAAGUGCUUCCACUGUGACUUGAUAUCAGUUAGCAUUUUUCAGUGUUUUCAGUCGUGUGUGUGUGCGUGUGCUCAAAUACAGUAACUUCUACUUCUAACCUCAACUCUAAUAUACGUCUGUACCUGUGUCUUCUCCCUGCACUGAUUAAUAUUUUGGGUCCCAACCCCUAAUGUGUCUCUACCUGAAUUAAUGCUGUCAUUGAAUGGGCGGUAUAGACCUCUGGAUCUCUGAACUGGUUUUGACCUUUGCCUGUUUUCUGGACUCCAUUCCCGCCUGCCUGACCAUUCUGUCUGCCCUGACCUCGAGCCUGCCGCCAGUCUGUACCUCUGGAUCUCUGAACUGGUUUUGACCUUUUGCUUGUCCAUGACUAUUAUCUUGCCUUCCCCCUUUGGAUUGUUAAUAAAUAUCUUGGGCUCGAAC